AUACGAGACCGCGGCGGUCAAGUUAACCACCCCACUGGGCGCGCAGCCGUGGAGACCACCUCCAUCCAAUGGCGGAGGCAGAAGCGGACGCGGGCGGCUCUCCCUCCCCUCGUGACCUAACCAGUAUACACGAGGAAUAGCCGAUACGAACCAUGGACGCCGACUCGCGGCCGACCCAAGGGUCGGACCCCGCCGCCGCCGCCGCCGCCGCUGACCCGCCCUCCACCGGAGCAGGCGAUUGGCGCGCCCAUCUCCAGCCUGAGGCGCGCAGCAGGAUCGUCGAGAGGAUGAUGGAGACUCUGAAGACGCAUCUGCCAGUAUCUGAGCCAGAGGGACUGAACGAACUUCAAAAAAUCGCCGUGCGAUUUGAACAGAAUAUCUAUACUGAAGCAACCAAUCAGUCUGAUUAUUUCUGGAAGAUUUCUCUGAAAAUGCUCCCUAUGGAGUCGAAGACACAACAGGCUCCUGGAAAUGCUCAUGUGAUUCCAAAUCAAAACAACUCCGACAAGAUUAAGGGCCAGUUCUUUCGGUGGCUUAUACUCCCCAGCUUUUCCCAUUAGCCGGCUUAUGGGAGAAGCUUGGGAUGAGGCGGCUUAUUUUGUAAGCUGCAAAAGAACAGUGCCUAAAUGUAACUUAGUUUUAUGUUGGGGUUAGUUUGCAAUGCUGCGACCAUUAAGUUACAGUAACAUUGGACCAUCUUUAACUCUUUGUAGAAUUAUGUUCUUUCUCUCCUUGCUACUACUCAAAUGUGAUCUGCCUCUGAGCUUUCCACAAGAUGUAUUUUGUUCACAAGAUACUUUCUUGAAAAACAUAUGCUACCUUUUCUAAAACAGCUCCUCUACUUCCUCCACAAGGCAGUAAUCAAGCACAGACAUCAGCAAUUUCCUUCCGAAUAUUCAAUUGACCGAUUAAUUUCUUAUAACGUACUCUAUUUUUCUUUGCCAAAUAAGCCAGCAUAUGUCGACGUUUUCCCGAAAGUCUCGCAGACCUCUUUCUGAUGAUUUUUUUUGUGUAAUUCUAAAUGUGAAGCAAGUCUCCGUAUCUUAUUGGCGAAACUGAAUACUUGAAAUUCAACAGAACCCCUGUUUUCUUCCUUAACCAUAAAUCCCCCCAAAAAUUACCUCCUUUCUUUUGCUCAUGUAUUAUUCUGAUUAGGAAAAAUAAAAAAUUAUGUCAGUUAUUUUGAAGUAACUCUAAUCUCAUACACACACAAAUUUGCAAUGUCUCAGCAACAGCCUGGCAGCCAAAUACGUCUACAUCUGUACAAGCUUCUUCACUCACUAACAUCGGACAGAACUUGGCCGGUGU